CAGAUGGACAACAAGGGCAAUAGGGUCAUCCUACCGGACAGCGAGUCUGCCAUUAACAUACCCGCUGUGGCCGCUGCCCAUAGCAUUAGAAAUUAUGUGGCCCAAUCAGCUGACGAGCUGUCCCUUAAUGUUGGGGACAUAUUGUCAAUCAUUGACAAACCGCCCUCCAAUGAAUCAAGCUGGUGGAGAGGGAAGAAGGAGUUUGAGGUUGGUUUUUUCCCAUCCGAUUGCGUGGAGCUAUUGGAGUCCAAUAAGAUCCCACAAUCCAUCGCUUGUAGGUACGCCGUCAACAGCAUCCAACUGAAGCAUUGUAAGUCUUGCUCCUUGCUGAUGAGUUUUUUCUCUACGAGGCCAAAUAGAUCUUCAUUGAAGAGGACAGGCAUCGUUAAGGAGAGGUUGUUUGCAUGUGAUCUCGGAGAACAUCUGCUUAACUCCGGAGAAGAUGUACCCACAAUUCUGAGAUGUUGUUCGGAGGUAUUGGAGGUCUAUGGAAUUGUCGACGGCAUAUACCGGCUGUCCGGGGCUGCCUCAACCAUCAAUAAACUCAGGCAUCAUCAUUAUUAUCAUUAUUUAUUUGACGAGGGUAAAACGCCACAACUAUCAUUGGAGAGCUACAAGCAGGAUAUUCACAGCAUAAGUUCACUUUUAAAAAUGUACUUCCGGGAGUUGCCAAACCCCCUUCUGACCUACCAGCUAUACGAUUCUUUUAUCGAAGCCAUAACGGAGCGAGAAGAAUCGGUGAGACUCAGUAAGAUAUGUGACGUCAUCAAGCAACUUCCGCCCCCGCACUAUAGGUCUGUUGCGGUUGUUGAUGCUGCUGCUGCUACUGCCACUACUGCUGCUGCUGAUGAUGUUGAUGAUGAUGUUAAAGAUGGUGAUGAUUAUACAGUUGUUUUGUUGUUGACGUUGUUUUUUUGUCGAUAUUAUUGUCGUUGUUUUAUUUAUUUUUAUAUUUAUUAUUGUAAUUAUUUUUUUUAUUAUUAUUGUUAUUAUUAUUGUUCUUGUUAUUAUUAUUAUUGUUCUUAUUAUCACCAUCGCCAACAAAGGACUGCCGAAUUUUUGUUUCGUCACUUGAACAAGAUGGCCUCCCACGAUAAGAGUACCUCAAUGCACUGCAAGAACCUCGCCAUUGUUUGGGCUCCUAAUCUACUCAGGUAG